AUGAAGCUGCUCGUCCUCCUUUCAGUCGCGAUCGUCAGCCUGACCGUCGGCGUUUCGGCUGCACCCUCCAUCGGAGUUGUGAUCAUCGACACAGACGAUAUCUCCACUCCCACUUCGCCGAGCCUCAACAACGAUGAAACACCAUUCGGCAAGCACUGUGCGCGCCGCGGCGACGAUUGUAAAACCUCCGAGGACUGCUGCGAUGACCGAACAUGCUACGCGCCAUUCCCGUGCAAGUCAGACACCGGAACUUGUCGUUGA